ACAGUGGCCAAUGUCUAAUUCUUACUGACAGGUGAAUUCCCCUUCAGGAACCUCGUGACGUCAGACAUAGACGUUGUGUGUGGACUCGGGAUGUUUAAGAGUACGCAGUGGUUCAGUUCAACCAACCAAAUAAUCUGUUCCUUUGCAGGUAAAUAUUUUGUGCGCUGUUUCGCUCGGACUAGGAGAUACUUUGCGUCAAACACGUAGAGCUAAUGGUGGUUGGUAGCCUAGCAACAUACAUCAAAAACGUAAUACUUGUACGAAAAUCGAUAUAAUUUCAUCCCACGUUUUAGCAGCGACUUCUUUUGUCAUAUUGACGACGUACAAGAUCAACUAAAAUGGCUUCCUCAUCAAGACGAAGGAAAUGCUAUUCAGUCAUGAUAUUUUGGGUUUUGUGGUUGAGCCUAAAUUGUAUGUUACGUCCAGUUUCUGCUGAAAUAAAGCUCCCGUUGCUGAUGCCUGACGUUCAGCCUAAGGUGAAAGACUCCUAUCUUUGUACGGCUUUCCAAAUGCCCAGAAGUUUUAGUAGCUAUAUAGUGGAGUUCGAACCUAAUGCCACCAUGCACACUGCACACCAUAUCCUACUGUUUGGUUGCACCAUCGUGGGGUAUCGGGAACGUGACACUCCUCGAGCUGUCUGGGAAUGUGGUGAGAUGGGUGGAGUCGGGCGGGGAUCCCAAUAUCGUCGUGCUCCAGUAUGUUCUGAAGGUUCUCAAAUCAUUUACGCAUGGGCAAGAGAUGCUCCAAAACUGACGUUACCGGAAGGUGUUGGCUUCAAGGUGGGAGGAAGAGACGUGGGAAUCAAUUACUUAAUAUUGCAGGUACAUUACGCCAAUGUGGACAAGUUUAUUGAUGGCGGCACCGAUAAUUCUGGAAUUAUCUUAACAAUGGUUCCCGGGGUUUCUAGCAGAGUGACCAAAAGGGCCGGCGUGUUGCUACUGGGAACUGAUGGAAGGAUUCCAGCUCAUAAAGAGGAACACAUGGAGACGGAAUGUAUGAUUCGGGAUCCAAUAGAAAUUCAUCCUUUCGCUUUCCGGACACACACUCACCAAUUGGGAAAACUUGUUGCGGGAUAUGUAGUCAAGCCUAACGGUCAGUGGCUGUUGAUUGGAAAACAUGAUCCUCUGAAACCGCAGGUAUUUGGACAAACCAUUCGAUAAUCAUUGAAAAUGUGUGUAAUUAAAGCUAACCAGAUAAUGUGAGAACUAUCGAACAAUUCUAUAUA